AUGGAGACGGAGACCGUAGCAGCAGCAGCGACAGCUGCUCCUGGCGAUGGAGGGCAGCAGCCCCAUACGAACUGCAAAACGACAAAGGCAUGCCUCUCCCCUCUUGCUGCCGUUGCUCCUCCCACAGGUGUGCCGUCUCCCGUUGGCGCAGCACAGGUAGCAGACGCAGCAACACCAGGAGCAGCAGCGGAACCAGCCGCUGGGGACAACAGGGAGCAAGCAGCAAAGCGGCUGCGGCUCAGCUGCGAACGAGAAGUAUAUACGGCGACGAAGGAGGAACAGCCAGCGGGGGCUUCACCUACAGAAGGGGCUUUUCUUGGUGGAGGCCUGCAGCAGUCUCCUUCCCCUGUUGCAGCUGCGGACACGCUCCCCAAUGUGGGGUGGCAGCACCAGCAGCAGCAGGCACAGGUAGUGCAGCAGUUGCAGCAGGUGAAUGCUGCAACUGGUGUCUGCUCCGAAAGCGGUGUGUCUGACUAUGCCCCUACGGCUGCAUUUUCUGGCGGUGCUGCUCCUGCAGGCGGUGCUACUGCGGCAGCUGCUGCAGCAGAGCCUCAGCCGCAGUUUGAGGGUCUGCAUUUGGGUGUAUUCUUCGGGUGUGGGGGCGACGGCGAUGCAAAGAGCAGGAGCAGCACCGUUUGUCCCGACAGGUUCCCAGGCUCAGCCCCACAACCACAACCCAGCAGCAGCAGCAGCAGUUCGGGGCGCCGAACGCCGCCUCACGCGCAGGGUCCUCAACGGGAGGCCCCGGCCACUUCAGGAUGCACAAAAGUCUUAGAGAGAUCCACGGGUGUGUCUGAGUCAAGGGUUCCACAUGUGGGGCCGCCAGCGGCGUCAGGCUCAGAGGGCGGGGUCCCAGGGUACUCUCACGGACCAGCAGGAGAUGCCUUCGAGGGCCCUCGGUGGCCUGCAUUAGAGGGGAAGGCAACAGCUGGCGCUGUAGCCGUUGCAGCUGCUACCUUGGAAACAUCUCCUGCAGACUUCGGAGCAGGAUAUGUGCCAAAUGGGACAGCAGUAUCAACAGCAGCGGGAGCAGCACCAGCAGAGGCGACCGAGCCGAUUGCACCCCUAGAUUUUGGGGAGGUGGGACAUUUGGCUGUGACUGGACAGAUGGCUGGGCGAGACGGGCAGGGGGGCAGCAGCUCAAGUGAUGGGUCAGGAGGUGCAGCAGGAGCCGCGGGUGCAGCAGAUGCAGCGGAUGGGGCGGAAGCAGCGGAUGCGGCGGGAGCAGCGGAUGCUGUGGAAACAGCCGAUGCAGCGGAAACAGCCGAUGCAGCGGAAGCAGCAAAUGCAGCGGCCGGUACGGGGUCAGCGAUGGGAGAGCCAGUGGUAGAGGAGUUGUCUCGUGCUGCGUUCUCUUCAUCAACAGCGGGAGCCCCCUCUUCUGCUGCUGCUGCUGUCGCCAGCAGCAGCAGCGCGGCAGCAGAAGAUCCAGCGAGUAGCAGCAGGAAUCGGCAGCCUCUGGCUACUGAGGUUUGUGUAGAGAGGGUGUCUAGCGGGGGACUGAGGAGCAGCACGGAGAACAGAAGUAGCAGUAGCAGUAGCAGUAGUAGCAACACUGUGUUGAUGACAGAUGGGUUGGUAGGGGAGGUUAACGAGGUGAUCGACCUCAGUGCCUCGGAGGCAGCAGACUCGGAUGCAGCAGACGAUGUCUCUGUUGUGUAUGUAAACACUGACGCUGUAUGCUUAGACAGAGGAUCCGCCGCGGGCUCUACAGCUCAAGGUGCCGUAGGAGGAGCAGCUUCUGCUGCUGCUGCUGCUGCAGUAGCAACAGCAACAGCAACAGCUGCAGCAGCUGCAGCAACGACGGCAGCAGCAGCAGCAACAGCCCAAGCAGCAGUCGUGCUGGACUCAGACGAUGAUGAUGUUGUUGAACUACAGUGUCAUCAUGCAGCACCUCCAACGACAUAUGCCCCCCCCAGCUAUCUGUGGAGGGGUUCCUUGGGUUUGCAGUCAUACGGGGGGGGGCCGUUGCAGCUGUUACCAUACCCGAGGCCCCCACUAGUUGCAGAAGACAGAGAGGAUGAGGAGGAUAGUGCCGCAAGCGCUGCUCUCCCCCGCUGCCCCAUUUGUCUCAAGAAAUACAGACAGCAGCAGCAACUGCAGCUGCAGCAGGAGCAGCAACAGCAACAGCAACAGCAACAGCAGCAGGAUGCGGGAAUCGGUGAGAACACCGAGCAGAAACCGGCAGAGCGGGGUCAGGGCGCCAACUGUGAUUCCCCUGCAGGUGAUGCAGCACAGCGAGGGGCCCCCGGCACUUCUGGGGGACAGAGCAGCGCCAUACAGCAGCAGCAGCAGCCCCACCCCGCCCAGACGCAGGCAUGGCAGCAGCAGCAGCAACUAUUGGCCGCUCGCACUUCGUUUGGGAUGUCAGCCCAACCCGAGAGCGACCACGUGGUGGCCCUGCGGUGCGGCCACGUGUUUUGCAAGGCCUGUAUUCUGGCGGCGCUGCGGACGCGGCGGCAGUGCCCUGUGUGCCGUGUAGUGCUGAAGGGCAGCAAACCAUAUCAGCGCAUCUUCCUCUAA